GAACUGGGACAUAAAAGAACUGCAGCGCUGCAGUAAAUGUGACUCUGGAGCUGCUAUCAACCGCCAAUUUUACUCACUGUGUAUAUAUUUAAAGAUAAAGUCCAUAACAUCGGAUUUUACCGGAGGCGUUUCGUCACACUUCGGGGCGGUGAAUUAAAUCCGCUGCAGCAAAACGUGCUCGCUUUCUCUCUCAUUUAACGUUUAGCUAGUUUUCGUCUGUACGUUGUUUUAUUCCUUAAAAAGAAGACACUUUCGGGUUUAAAUGUGGCUGUGAGUCAACGAAAACGACGUUAAAUCGAGAUGGACCUGAGGUUACUUUUACUGGCAACCUUAGCCGUGGUCUUUGGUGACAGCAGGGGACAGCAAGAGGGCAGCGUUUGCAUCAAGGCCAACGCGCAGUCAUGCGGAGAGUGUAUCCAGGUCGCCGAGAUGUGUGGAUGGUGCGCGGAUGAAACGUUCCUCAGUGAGGGUGAGGCAAAGUCGGCCCGCUGUGACGGUCUCGAGUCCCUGAAAACCAGAAAGUGUGCCAAAAUUGAAAACCCACGUGGACACAUCACUGUUGACAAAAACAAACCAGUCACCGAACGCAAGAAGGAUGUCGCUGAGAAACUGAAGCCGUGGGAGAUCACCCAGAUCCAGCCUCAAAAACUCACCCUGACGCUGAGAUCCGGUGAGCCUCAGACAUUUGAUCUCAAAUUCAAGCGUGCUGAGGACUACCCCAUUGACCUCUAUUACCUUAUGGACCUCUCCUUCUCCAUGAAGGAUGAUCUGGAGAACGUCAAGAACCUUGGCACUGACCUGAUGAAAGAAAUGCGAGAGAUUACCUCAGACUUCAGAAUUGGUUUUGGCUCCUUUGUGGAGAAGACGGUCAUGCCUUACAUCAGCACCACUCCGGCCAGACUGCUCAACCCCUGCCCAGGGAACCAGAACUGCACCAGCCCCUUCAGCUACAAGAACGUCCUGAAGCUGACAGACAAGGGAGAUGAAUUCAAUCGACUGGUCAGUCAGCAGCAGACCUCAGGCAACCUGGACUCUCCAGAGGGGGGGUUUGAUGCCAUCAUGCAGGUGGCGGUUUGCCAGGAGCAAAUUGGUUGGAGGAACGUAACUCGUUUGCUGGUGUUUUCCACUGACGCUGGCUUCCAUUUCGCUGGAGAUGGCAAACUGGGUGGCAUAGUCCUCCCCAAUGAUGGAAAAUGUCAUCUGGAGGACAACAUGUACACCAUGAGCCACUACUACGAUUACCCCUCCAUUGCACAUUUGGUUCAAAAACUAAGUGAGCACAACAUCCAGACCAUCUUUGCCGUUACUGAGGAUUUUCAGUCUGUUUAUAAGGAGUUGAAAAAUCUCAUUCCGAAAUCAGCUGUUGGUACGUUGUCGUCUAACUCCAGCAACGUGAUCAAACUCAUUAUCGAUGCGUACAACUCCUUGUCGUCUGAAGUCAUUUUGGAACACAGCAAGCUGCCGGAGGGAGUUUCUAUCACCUACAAGUCUAUCUGCAAGAACGGCGUCGUGGGAACGGGAGAGAACGGGAAGAAGUGCUCCAACAUUUCUAUUGGAGAUGAGGUCUCAUUUAAGAUUUCCAUCGAGUCCCAGAAGUGUCCAUUACAAGACAAAUCUGAGACCAUCAAAAUUAGCCCGCUGGGCUUCACCGAGGAGGUCGAGGUUGUCCUCAACUUCAUCUGUGACUGUGACUGCUCGAAGGACGGCGAGCCAAACAGCCAGAAGUGCUCUGAUGGAAACGGGAUCUUCGAGUGUGGCGCCUGCAAGUGUAAUGACGGGCGCAUCGGGCGCAUUUGUGAGUGCAGCAAAGACGACGUGAGCACAGACGACCUGGAUGCCAACUGCCGCAAAGACAACAGUAGUGAGAUCUGCAGCAACAACGGCAACUGUGUGUGCGGUGCCUGUGAGUGCAAGAAGAGGGAGAACCCGGCAGAGGUCUACAGUGGCAACUACUGCGAGUGCGACAACUUCAGCUGUGACCGCUCCAAUAACUUGCUGUGCGGAGGACAUGGUGUCUGUAAGUGCAGAGUGUGUUAUUGUGAAGCCAACUACACCGGCAGCGCCUGUGACUGUUUCCAGGACAAGUCCACCUGCCUCGCCAAGAACGGGCAGAUCUGCAACGGCCGCGGUACUUGUGAAUGCGGCCAUUGCAAAUGCACCGAUCCCAAGUUCCAAGGUCCCACGUGUGAGAUCUGCCCCACCUGCCCCGGCGUCUGCAUGGAGCACAAGGAUUGUGUGGAGUGCAAAGCAUUUGACAGCGGUGAGAAGAAGGAAACAUGUCAGCAGGACUGCAGCUACUUUCAGCUGUACAAGGUGAAAGACAGCAGCAAGCUGCCACAGCCCACGGACCAGAGCUUCCCACUGACCCACUGCAAAGAGCGCGACGCCAACAGCUGCUGGUUCUACUACACCUACGCCAUCAGGAACAACACCAAGGAGGUCUACGUGGUGGAUACUCUGGAGUGCAUGGCGGGACCAGAUAUCAUCCCCAUCGUGGCAGGUGUGGUCGCGGGCAUUGUGCUGAUCGGCCUCGCCCUGCUGCUCAUCUGGAAACUGCUCAUGAUCAUCCACGACCGCCGUGAGUUUGCUAAGUUUGAGAAGGAGAAGAUGAACGCCAGAUGGGACACAGGUGAAAAUCCGAUCUACAAGAGCGCCGUAACGACUGUGGUCAACCCAAAGUAUGAAGGGAAGUGAUGUGGUUUUCCCUUUACUGUGACAACACUGUAUGGAGGAGGAUGUGGGCGGAGCAGAGGGGAGGGGGCGGGGUUUAAUAAUGCUCUCACUGUUUGUGGUUCUACUCACAAAUGUUAGCGAUGCAUUUUGCCACUAUUUCAGUAUGUUUGACUUCUUCUCUGUGCAUCAGUUUGGUGUUUGUACAGUUUGUGUAAAUGUCUGGGUUUGGUUUGUGUUUUUGUUUUUUAUCUGUGCAGCUUCAGUGUUGAACUGAUCCAUACGAUUUCUGUUCCGUUACAGGAAACAAUUAGAGUUCAAAUGCACCUAACUGCUUUGAGUUUUUAGAGAGGUGACCGGGUGUGUCAAGUGUCACAUCGAUGUACAAAGUCAAUAAAUCGUGUAUUCAGGGUUUCUAAAGCUCUGCCCCCUGGUGGCUACCGUUAGAAUCUAAACAUGCCCGUUGCUCAACUUGUCCAAUGUCUUGGUGAAGUAACCUUGUGGACCAAGUCUGGCCUUGGUGCCUAUGGUGUCAAGCAGCUUCUGGACCUGCGCCGUUUUCAGUGACGUGGGUCACGCAGCUAAAAUCAAAGCUAAAGCUACUGCAGUACCUUUUAUAGACUCAAGAGGUCGCUGUCAUUCUGUUGCAUGGAUUUUAACUGAAGACAUGCAGGUGGCUUCUAUGUUACUGACAAGUAAUCAGACUGUUAAGACUAAGUAUCAGUACCUGUGGGCAUGGAGGCAGUCUGACAUUUGACCCCAGUGAUUUUGACCUUUACCCAAGUGAUUGACCUCUGGCUGACCUUGCCAGGGCAGUUACUGUGUCCAUCGAAGUGUAUGCCAAAUUGGGUUGCAAAUUAAAUUCCUUGACCGUUGCCAAAAUGAGUCCUUUAAGGGCAAUUUCAGGGUCAACCUUCAGCGACAUACCAAGUUAUGUAUAACUCAGCGAAAAGGCCCGGGAAGCAGAACACAUGACCUCAAAGACUGACCUUUGGUAAAUCUGAUCUCCCACCUACACACGUUUACCAAUGAGCUUGAUGUUUUCCCAAAACAAACCCUUUAAGGACGAUUCCAGGCUCGACCUUCAACCACAUACUAAGUUUGGUGGAAAUCUGGCAAAGGAGCAGAAGAACAAAGAGACAAACAAAUUAUAGUUUGAGUUUCAGUAAAGUUUCACUUAUUCAGUUUUUGCUGAGAUACUAACUACUGGCUGGUUUUAAUAACUUUUGGUGGUCUCAGAUGAAGCUCCACCCAGAGGAAGAAAAAAUUGCAGUUCCUUGACAGGCCACAUGAGGCUGACUCCAAAAGAGAGCACAUUUCCAUAGAAGUCCAUGUCAGAAUGUCCAACUUUAGAGCAGAAAUAAACAUGUUUACAGCGUGGUGGUGUUGGGGGGGUCACUUUGAGUGACAGCAGCUGAGCCAAGUGCCUCUGACUCCCAUAGCGUCGGUCGCUCACAGUCUGUUCGAUGGGGCCACUAGCUGUCGUGCCUGUUUUGGUUGGAGUAUUUUAUUCCAAACACCUGGAAUAAUUUGCCUUGUUCUGUGGUCACACUUCCUAACGGAUCAUUUAAGACAUCUCUGAUGCAGUAUUCACACUGUGUGAAAUGCUCGUGAUUUUUGAAUGUUGUCCUCAGCGUCAGCCCUUUUAGCAGCUACAGGUAGCCCAGUCUGUUAAACCCCAUUAAUACACAAUUACUGAGAAAAUGAGCGGCUCAUAAUUUUUAAUGCCCACAUGAAAAGUAAAUUGUUAUGAAAACCAUCGCACAGUCCUAAAAAACAACAAAAAAAAAAACACCUAAACCAUGGUUAGCUUGUUAGCUAGUUUGGGUUCUAACAUAGGGGCGUGUUCAGACUUCACAUGGUGUCACACACGCUCCACCUCUUUAUCCAUUUAUGGGUUUGUUGUGAAGUCGGAAGAGUUGGUGCUACCAAGAUACAGACUUCAUAUCGUGUCUCUAUAGAAAACCUACGGGUGACGUCGCACAGGCUUUAUCUUUAUAUGCAGUCGAUAGUUCUGCUUGAUGUUGUUAGUCCCGUGUGGCUGACCAUAGAUUUUUAAAAAUACAGCUUUCAUGGAACUCGUACAAGCUGUGGAUAACAUAUGUGCUUGUGUUCAUUGUUGAAUUUAGUCAGCACUACAAAGACGAAUCUCUGUGUAUUUUAAAAAAAAAAAAAAAAAAAGUUCAAGAUGAUAUUCAGAAAAAGAGCAAUUAUUUACAAAAUAAAGAAAUUUUAGCAUGUAAUAUCUCUAUAAUGAAUCAUAGCAUGGUCAUUAUAUGCAUAAAGGGACCGUAAUUUUCUCACAGUGCACUAUGAUUAUUGCUGUGAAAAUCAACAAGUAACAGUUUCCGGUAAAGGUGAGCAACAGGGGGAGGGCACACCCAAAAUAACUGGUCUGAAAAGGAGACCACUUCAUACGGGUAGUUUUUUGUGCAGUGAUGCAUCUAGGAUGGAGACAAGGCUUUAGAUCAAGAGAUCGUACUCCAGAUUCUCACACAAAGAUCCACAACUACUCUCUCAGCAAACUGUUUCUCAAGGCUCUCAGACGAAAUCACGCACUCGAAAUGUCGCAAUAUUUCAAGAAGCAAAUUCACUGGACAGCGAAUGGUUUAAAGAGUUACUGUGAGCAUUAAAGCUGUACGGCCUUUCAGAUUUCACAAGCCUGACAAAAUUUGGUUUCUACUGAAAUUAUUUAAGCAUUAUACUAUCACUUUAUUUUUGGAACACGUUGCAAAAUUCUAGCUCAUUUUAAUGAAGAGAAGACAUUUAUCUGGGGGGGAGCUCCAUGGUGAAUAUUUUCUAGUCCUAAUGGAGGAAGCGUGUGUGUGCAUGCGUGAGGUUUUGAGAUGACCUGUGACCCACCUGCUUGAUGUACGUUUCCAGCGCGUGCAUUUAGCGGGGAUUUACAAGACAUCUUGUAAAUCCCCGAAGAGGUGUUACCUGGUUUCCAAAACAGCAUUUUUAGAUUUCGAAGUUUUUUUUUUUUUUUCUCACUAACUUUUUUGAUAUGUCUUUAAUGGCGAUUCAAUUCUUCAAAAUGCCGUCGACCUUCGACCACAUAUUGAAUUGCAUCAUGUGAUUCAACAUGAUGCAAAGAAAUGAUACCAAAAAUUUAAAUAGAAAAUAAGAAGCUGCAAUUCAGUAUUGUACUAUGAUCAUCUUCUGAUUCUAGAGGCAGAGGAUUUGUUUUACUCCUUAUAAGCAGCAAAUUUACCCGAUUCAACAUUAAGGAACAGGAAUCGGUUCUCUCAUAUUUGGAACCUUUUUCAUCACUGUCAGAACUUAAACAGUAAGACAACAUCACUCUCAGUGAGUGACUCACUUUAAGAGUACCGCAUUGGUAAAAGUAAUCUGAGAUACUUUCUUACCAGUUUUGCUGGAGCUUGGUUUACAAUCUGCGGUCGUGUCGAUACCUUUUAGCAGCACGACAUUCUUUACAAACGACCUGAGUCUUGUCAGGUUUCCUGUCUUAAAAAAAAAAUAAAAAAUACAAAGUAUCUCCAAAAGCCUGAUUUAGAUGUUUUAGAUGCGUCAAAAACCUCUUCCGAUUGCUUGCAGCUGUUCUCGUUGGAGUAGAAAUGUGCUUUCAGGCUUCCAUCCAGGUUCAAAACAAUCGCGGUGAUGGUGUGUUCAGUGUGCCUUGGAAAAAAAAAUCUACACAAGCACGCAGCGAGCAAUGCAUCACGAUUUCACCCAUCAAUUGAAUCGAUACACUCACAUCGCGCACGUUUGUAUCAAUUAAUCUCCACAUGCCUACUAUGGGCUGUAGCUAGCUGACCUGUUGUGUUUUGACAGUGUUUCAGGGCAUUUGUUCAUCUUUCCAUCCAUUUAUUGGAACCCUCGUUUUCCACUUAGGGGUCACAUUAUUGGAAAUUUGAAAUACUGAAUCCUGAAAUUCGGGGACCGUCUGACAACUGUCUGCUUUGACAUCAACUGGUUGGCCUGAGCGAGCAGAUUACAAAUCUUUUUUUUUUUAUUAUUUUUUUUUUUUUUACUACACAUAAUGUCUAAAAAAAAAUGUGCCUUGCUUAUUGCUUCUCCAAUCACUUAAGUGGGAGUUACAUAUUUUUUUUUAAUAAUAGGUGUGUCUCUUGAUUUAAUAAUAAUAAAAAAAAUUGUAAAAUUUUGAGUUGUGUGCCGUAUGUUUGAGAUUCUCUGUGAAGCCAUGAACAGAAUGAGGCUGAAAGUGAUGUUUUGUUUUCAGUGUGAAUAAUUGAUUGAACUUGUAUGUUUUUGUCUGUAAAUGAUAUUUUCUUGGGCUUCCUUCCUUGAUGAGUGCGCAUCAUCAGAGUGCCAUCGCGUUUCUCUCUGGCUUCAGGUUUUUAAUUGUUUAAUUUAAAAGCCAACUCAGGUCCUUAAUUCUUCACCUUAAUGUCAAAUAUACCAAAAAACCUGAAUGUGUUGAAAUGUUUGAUUCUAAGAGCUGAACUGGGAUUAUUUAUUCCCACUUUUUUAUGCCAGUAAUUCCACAGUUCUUACAUAAUGCAAACUUUAAUUUUAAAGAAAUAUAGUGGCUGUAAUUUCAUUUCUAUUUUCAACAGAAUAUGAUUUUUCAAAUUUUUGUGACAGUCACAGUUUUUUUUUCUGCCUUUUUAUGUCAGCACAUUAGCAUUUUCCAUUCUGUAUUCUGGAAAUUAUUUAUUGAAUAAAUGAUUUUUAAAACUUUA